CAUUCAGUUGCCAAUCCAUCGCCAUGGCUGAUCCACGCAUUACUCUGGGCCUCGGUCUGCUAAUCUUCGGCCUGAUCCUCUCCACGGAGGCAUCGCCACAGGGCCGCAUUCUCGGCGGCGAGGACGUCGCCCAGGGCGAGUACCCAUGGUCCGCAUCCGUGCGAUACAACAAGGCGCACGUCUGCUCCGGCGCCAUCAUCUCCAAUAGCCACAUCCUGACCGCCGCCCACUGUGUGUCCAGCGUGGGCAUCACUCCGGUGGAGGCCAGCACCUUGGCCGUUCGCGUGGGCACCAUUAACCAGUACGCCGGCGGCAGCAUCGUGAAUGUGAAGAGCGUGGUCAUCCAGCCAUCGUACGGCAACUUCCUGCACGACAUCGCCAUUCUGGAGCUGGAUGAGUCCCUGGUCUUCGACACUCGCGUCGCAGCCAUCGCACUGCCCACCAAGGAGGAGGAGGAGACGGAGGAUGUGGACGCAGAGCUGCCCAACGGAACUCCGGUCUAUGUGGCCGGAUGGGGUGAACUUUCGGAUGGAACUGCCUCCUACAAGCAGCAGAAGGCCAACUACAAUACACUCAGCCGAUCCCUGUGCGAAUACGAAGCCGGUUACGGCUACGAAUCCGUGGUGUGCCUCUCCAGGGCCGAGGGCGAGGGCAUCUGUCGCGGGGAUGCCGGAGCGGCCGUCAUCGAUGACGAGAAGGUGCUCCGCGGCUUGACCAGCUUCAACUUCGGACCCUGCGGCAGCAAGUAUCCCGAUGUGGCCACCCGCGUCUCCUACUACCUUGACUGGAUCGAGACCAACACCAACACCCAGUAAACUUUUGGUGCACCAAGGAUUACCCUUUGUUUUUUAUACAUUUUUUUCACGUGCAUAAAGUGUGUUAACCUCUCC